CCAGGACAGGGACUGGCCUAGGGUUUGCUUCCUGGUCUUGCUCUAGGGUCCCCUUGGGCAAGACCUGCCCCCCUUUCCUGCCUCAGUUUUCUUUGAAGGCUUCUCUGCUCACCGGCGGUGAGAGCACGUGCAGGGUACAGGAGCGGCAGGGUGGUGUAGGAGCACCGCACACGAGCGGCCGGGCUUAGCUGGCAAAGCUCCGCCUGUGAAGAACUGAAUGUCUCGCCGUAGCUCCGAAGUCUCCUGGGACUUAGAUUCCUCACCUGUCACACCAGACGGGAUGAGACGAUCUCUAAGGGACCUUUUGGCUCUGAAAGAUUUGGGACCUGGAGCCUGUGCUUAGGGAACCCAGAGAAUGGGCAGAUGUGGGCUCCAGGGCACCAGGCGUUAUGUGGUCUAGCAAUCUUGUUUUCUUUGUUUGUUUUUAAUGUAUAUUUUUAAGUCUUUAUUGACUUUGUUACAAUAUUGCUUCUGUUUUAUGUUUUGUUUUUUUUGGCUGCGAGGCAUGUGGGAUCUUAGUUCGCCCACCAGGGAUGGAACCCUGCACUCCCUGCAUUGGAAGGUGAAGUCUUAACCACUGGACGGCCAGGGAAGUCCCUAGCAAUCUUGCUUUAUGGGAGAGGAAACUGAACCUAGAAAGGCAAAGUGACUUUUCUGCUUCUCUCAGCUUUAUUUCUCUUCAUCCUCUGAAAUGUAGAGCCAUACAAUUCAGUUCAAAGCAAGUCUGUGCAGUGGAUAAGCUUUUUGUUGUUUUUCUGAACAAUUUUUUUUGACUUUCAACUUUUUUUUUUUUAAAUAAAAACAGUACAUGCUCGUUGUAAAGACUUCCGUUAAUACAGGAAGUGAAAAAAGUAAAAACUGCAAAUUGCUGUCAUCCUCCUGUCCUUACCCUUUGAGUCCUUAGGGGUGUCUCCUGUUAACAUUUUAGUGGUAUUCAUCCUGACCUAUCUGAUGAACCCACAAAUAUAUAUGUGUCCCCCCCCAUAGGAUUAUAAUAUCAAUGAUUCAGGCACAAACUUUAGAAUCAGACAUACCUGGGUUCUAAUCCCAGUUUAUAGCUAAUUAGCUGAGUGGCCUUGUUACUUGGCCAGUUUUAGUCUCAGUCUCCUCAUGUGUAAAAUGGGAGUAAUAAUAUCUACUUAUAGGACUGCAGUGAAGAUUUAAGGAGGUUUUGUAUGAAUAGCACUCAGCUACCAGUGCCCGAUACACAGUCCCACCUCUGUGGAAGAGCCCAACGAGACAACAUGCCUCCCAAGAAGCCUGAGCCUAAGAAGGAAGCGCCCAAGGCAGCCUCAGCCCCAGCCCCGGCCUCGGCCCCACCUCCCGAGCCUCCCAAGGAACCUGCCUUUGAUCCCAAGAGUGUAAAGAUAGACUUCACUGCUGACCAGAUCGAAGAGUUCAAAGAGGCCUUUUCAUUGUUUGACCGGACCCCGACUGGAGAGCUGAAGAUCACCUACGGGCAGUGCGGGGACGUGCUGCGGGCCCUGGGCCAGAACCCCACCAACGCCGAGGUGCUGCGCGUCCUGGGCAAGCCCAAGCCGGAAGAGAUGAACACCAAGAUGCUGGACUUUGAGACGUUCCUGCCCAUCCUGCAGCAUAUCUCCCGCAACAAGGAGCAGGGCACCUACGAGGAUUUUGUGGAGGGGCUGCGCGUGUUUGAUAAGGAGAGCAACGGCACGGUCAUGGGCGCCGAGCUUCGCCACGUCCUCGCCACCCUGGGAGAGAAGAUGACUGAGGCUGAAGUGGAGCAGCUGUUAGCAGGGCAGGAGGAUGCCAAUGGCUGCAUCAAUUACGAAGCCUUUGUCAAGCACAUCAUGUCUGGGUGAAGCAGACCCCUCCAGGGUGCCUGGCCCAUGGCCUUAGCCCAGGUGAGUUAACGAGAGGCCCAGAGUGACUGAGCUGGAGUUGGAGUCCUGGACUCUCCACUGCACCGCAGCCCCGAGGACCUCAUGGGCCCAUAGCCGUCCCCGUAAAUAAACAGCUCCGGCAAGGUUGUGCCGAGUUCCCUGAUUCCAA